GUGGCAUUGCAGGCUGGACAGCUGCCCCGAGCAGAAAGAAAGAGAGUGACCCAGAGAGACAACAGGAAACAGAAAAGCCCAGGGGGACCCCAGAAGCAACAUCAGAGCAAGGCUCAGGCUGGGGCAGAGUGUUUGCAGGCUCCAGCCUCAGCUUCCAGAGUCCUCCUGGCCUGUGGCCCCUGACCCCAAGCUGGGAGGUUGCUGCUCAGAGGGUGCAGAUAAGACCCAGAACGGUGUCUGGUGGCUCCCUCGGGCAGGAGUUCUGAGGUAGGACCAUGGUCAUUCUACAGCAGGGGGACUAUGUGUGGAUGGACCUGAGGUCGGGCCAGGAGUUCGACGUGCCCAUCGGGGCCGUGGUGAAGCUCUGUGACUCCGGGCAGAUCCAGGUGGUGGAUGACGAAGGCAACGAACACUGGAUUUCCCCUCAAAAUGCCACCCACAUCAAGCCGAUGCACCCCACCUCGGUCCACGGUGUGGAGGACAUGAUCCGCCUAGGAGAUCUCAACGAGGCAGGCAUUCUGCGCAACCUGCUCAUUCGCUACCGGGACCACCUUAUCUACACAUACACGGGUUCCAUCUUGGUAGCCGUGAACCCCUACCAGCUGCUCUCCAUCUACUCGCCCCAGCACAUCCGCCAGUAUACCAACAAGAAGAUAGGGGAGAUGCCGCCCCACAUCUUUGCCAUUGCUGACAAUUGCUACUUCAAUAUGAAGCGCAACAGCCGGGACCAGUGCUGUAUCAUCAGUGGGGAGUCCGGAGCUGGCAAGACAGAGAGUACAAAGCUGAUCCUGCAGUUCCUCGCGGCCAUCAGCGGACAGCACUCCUGGAUAGAGCAGCAGGUGCUGGAGGCUACCCCCAUCCUGGAAGCCUUUGGCAACGCCAAGACCAUCCGCAAUGACAACUCCAGCCGCUUCGGCAAGUACAUCGACAUCCACUUCAACAGGCGCGGAGCCAUCGAGGGCGCCAAGAUAGAGCAGUACCUGCUGGAGAAGUCUCGGGUCUGCCGCCAGGCCCCCGACGAGAGGAACUACCACGUGUUCUACUGCAUGCUGGAGGGCAUGAAUGAGGAGCAGAAGAGGAAGCUGGGCCUCGGCCAGGCGGCCGACUACAACUACUUGGCCAUGGGUAACUGCAUCACCUGUGAGGGCCGGGUGGACAGUCAGGAGUAUGCCAACUUCCGCUCAGCCAUGAAGGUGCUCAUGUUCACCGACACGGAGAACUGGGAGAUCUCAAAGCUCCUGGCCGCCAUCCUGCACAUGGGCAACCUGCAGUAUGAGGCCCGUACAUUUGAGAACCUGGAUGCCUGUGAAGUCCUAUUCUCCCCAUCGCUGGCCACGGCGGCUUCCCUGCUCAAGGUGAACCCCCCCGACCUGAUGAGCUGCCUCACAAGCCGCACCCUCAUCACCCGCGGGGAGACGGUGUCCACCCCUCUCAGCAGGGAGCAGGCGCUGGAUGUGCGAGACGCCUUUGUCAAGGGCAUCUACGGGCGGCUCUUCGUGUGGAUUGUGGACAAGAUCAACGCCGCAAUCUACAAGCCACCCUCCCAGGACCUGCAGAACUGGCGCCGGUCCAUCGGCCUCCUGGACAUCUUUGGGUUUGAGAACUUCACUGUGAACAGCUUCGAGCAGCUCUGCAUUAACUUUGCCAACGAGCACCUGCAGCAAUUCUUCGUGCGGCACGUGUUCAAGCUGGAGCAGGAGGAGUAUGACCUGGAGAGCAUCAACUGGCUGCACAUUGAGUUCACUGACAACCAGGAAGCCCUGGACAUGAUUGCCAACCGGCCUAUGAAUGUCAUCUCCCUCAUCGACGAGGAGAGCAAGUUCCCCAAGGGCACGGAUGCCACCAUGCUGCAUAAGCUGAACUCACAACACAAGCUCAAUGCCAACUACGUGCCACCCAAGAACAGCCACGACACCCAGUUUGGAAUCAACCACUUUGCAGGCGUUGUCUAUUAUGAGACUCAAGGCUUCUUGGAGAAGAACCGCGACACCCUGCACGGGGACAUCAUCCAGCUGGUCCACUCUUCCCGGAACAAGUUCAUAAAGCAGAUUUUCCAGGCCGACGUUGCUAUGGGUGCUGAGACCAGGAAACGCUCGCCUACGCUCAGCAGCCAGUUCAAGCGGUCGCUGGAGCUGCUGAUGCGAACCCUCGGCUCCUGCCAGCCUUUCUUCGUGCGCUGCAUCAAACCCAAUGAGUUCAAGAAGCCCAUGCUCUUUGACCGGCAUCUGUGUGUACGCCAGCUGCGAUAUUCGGGCAUGAUGGAGACGAUCCGCAUCCGCCGUGCGGGCUACCCCAUUCGCUACAGCUUUGUGGAGUUUGUGGAGCGCUACCGCGUGCUGCUCCCUGGAGUAAAGCCAGCAUACAAGCAGGGUGACCUCCGAGGGACAUGCCAGCGUAUAGCUGAGGCCGUGCUAGGCACACACGAUGACUGGCAGAUCGGGAAAACCAAGAUCUUUUUGAAGGACCACCAUGACAUGUUGCUGGAGGUGGAGCGGGACAAGGCCAUCACAGACAGAGUCAUCCUCCUCCAGAAGGUCAUACGGGGCUUCAAAGACAGGUCCAACUUCCUGAAACUGAAGAGUGCCGCCACACUGAUCCAGAGGUACUGGCGGGGCCACUACUGUAGAAAGAACUAUGAGAUGAUGCGCCUUGGCUUCCUGCGGCUGCAGGCCCUGCAGUACUCCCGGAAGCUGCACCAGCAGUACCGCCUGGCCAGGAAGCAGAUAAUCAAGUUCCAGGCCCGCUGCCGUGCCUACCUGGUGCGCAAGGCCUUCCGCCACCGCCUCUGGGCCGUGCUCACUGUGCAGGCAUAUGCCAGAGGCAUGAUUGCCCGCAGGCUGCACCGGCGCCUCCGGGACGAGUACCGGCGUCGCCUCGAGGCGGAGAAGAUGCGGCUGGCAGAGGAAGAGAAGCUCCGAAAGGAGAUGAGUGCCAAGAAAGCCAAGGAGGAGGCGGAGCGUAAGCAUCAGGAGCGCCUGGCCCAGCUAGCCCGCGAGGAUGCAGAGCGGGAGCUGAAGGAGAAGGAGGAGGCUCGGCGGAAGAAGGAGCUGCUGGAGCAGAUGGAGAAGGCCCGCCAUGAGCCCAUCAACCACUCAGAUAUGGUGGACAAGAUGUUUGGCUUCCUGGGGACUUCGGGCGGCCUGCCAGGCCAGGAGGGCCAGGCACCUAGUGGCUUUGAGGACCUGGAGCGAGGGCGGAGGGAGAUGGUGGAGGAGGACGUGGAUGCAGCCCUGCCCCUGCCCGACGAGGACGAGGAGGACCUUUCUGAGUACAAAUUCGCCAAAUUUGCUGCCACCUACUUCCAGGGCACGACCACGCACUCCUACACUCGGAGGCCCCUCAAGCAGCCGCUACUCUUCCAUGAAGAUGAGGGUGACCAGCUGGCGGCACUGGCUGUCUGGAUCACCAUCCUCCGGUUCAUGGGGGACCUCCCUGAGCCCAAGUACCACACAGCCAUGAGUGACGGCAGUGAGAAGAUCCCUGUGAUGACAAAGAUCUAUGAGACCCUAGGCAAGAAGACAUACAAGAGGGAGCUGCAGGCCCUGCAGGGGGAGGGUGAGGCCCAGCUCCCCGAGGGGCAGAAGAAGACCAGUGUCAGACACAAGUUGGUGCACUUGACCCUGAAGAAGAAGUCCAAACUCACAGAGGAGGUGACCAAGAGGCUGCACGACGGGGAAUCCACGGUGCAGGGCAACAGCAUGCUGGAGGACCGGCCCACCUCCAACCUGGAGAAGCUCCACUUCAUCAUCGGCAAUGGCAUCCUUCGACCUACACUGCGGGACGAGAUUUACUGCCAGAUCAGCAAGCAGCUCACGCACAAUCCCUCCAAGAGCAGCUACGCCAGAGGCUGGAUCCUCGUGUCUCUCUGUGUCGGCUGCUUCGCUCCCUCUGAGAAGUUCGUUAAGUACCUUCGGAACUUCAUCCACGGAGGCCCGCCGGGCUACGCCCCAUACUGCGAGGAGCGCCUGAGGAGGACCUUUGUCAACGGAACUCGCACACAGCCACCCAGCUGGCUGGAGCUGCAGGCCACCAAGUCCAAGAAGCCCAUCAUGUUGCCUGUGACCUUCAUGGACGGGACCACUAAGACCCUGCUAACGGAUUCAGCAACCACGGCCAAGGAGCUGUGCAAUGCUCUGGCUGACAAGAUCUCGCUCAAGGACCGCUUCGGGUUCUCCCUCUACAUCGCCCUGUUUGAUAAGGUGUCCUCUCUGGGCAGCGGCAGUGACCACGUCAUGGACGCGAUCUCCCAGUGUGAGCAGUAUGCCAAGGAGCAGGGCGCGCAGGAACGCAAUGCGCCGUGGAGGCUCUUCUUUAGAAAAGAGGUCUUCACCCCCUGGCACAACCCCUCCGAGGACAACGUGGCCACGAACCUCAUCUACCAGCAGGUGGUGCGAGGGGUCAAGUUUGGAGAGUACAGGUGUGAGAAGGAGGAUGACCUGGCUGAGCUGGCCUCCCAGCAGUACUUUGUGGACUAUGGUUCUGAGAUGAUUCUGGAGCGUCUGCUGAGCCUUGUGCCCACUUACAUUCCUGACCGAGAGAUCACUCCCCUGAAGACCCUUGAGAAGUGGGCGCAGCUGGCCAUUGCCGCCCACAAGAAGGGAAUUUAUGCUCAGAGGAGAACUGAUUCCCAGAAGGUCAAAGAGGAUGUGGUCAAUUAUGCCCGCUUCAAGUGGCCCCUGCUCUUCUCCAGGUUUUACGAAGCCUUCAAAUUUUCAGGCCCUCCCCUCCCCAAGAGUGACGUCAUCGUGGCUGUCAACUGGACGGGCGUCUACUUUGUGGACGAGCAGGAGCAGGUGCUUCUGGAGCUGUCCUUCCCAGAGAUCAUGGCUGUGUCCAGCAGUAGGGAGUGCCGCAUCUCGCUCUCACUGGGAUGCUCUGACCUGGGCUGUGCUACUUGUCACUCGGGCUGGGCAGGGCUGACCCCGGCUGGACCCUGUUCUUCGUGUUGGUCCUGUAGGGGAGCGAAACUGAUGGCCCCCAGCUUUACCCUGGCCACCAUCAAAGGGGACGAGUACACCUUCACAUCCAACAAUGCCGAGGACAUCCGUGACCUGGUGGUCACCUUCCUGGAGGGGCUGAGGAAGAGGUCCAAGUAUGUGGUGGCACUGCAGGACAACCCCAACCCUGCUGGUGAGGAGUCAGGUUUCCUCAGCUUUGCCAAGGGAGACCUCAUCAUUCUCGACCAUGACACUGGCGAGCAGGUCAUGAACUCAGGCUGGGCCAAUGGCAUCAACGAGAGGACCAAGCAGCGAGGGGACUUCCCCACGGACUGUGUAUACGUCAUGCCCACUGUCACUCUGCCACCACGGGAGAUUGUGGCUCUGGUCACCAUGACCCCAGACCAGAGGCAGGAUGUUGUCCGGCUCUUGCAGCUGCGCACAGCAGAGCCAGAGGUGCGCUCCAAACCCUACACGCUGGAGGAGUUCUCCUACGAUUAUUUCAGACCCCCGCCCAAGCACACGCUGAGCCGUGUCAUGGUGUCCAAAGCCCGCGGUAAGGAUCGGCUGUGGAGCCACACACGAGAGCCACUCAAACAGGCCCUGCUCAAGAAGAUCCUGGGCAGUGAAGAACUCUCCCAGGAAGCCUGCAUGGCUUUCAUAGCUGUGCUCAAGUACAUGGGUGACUACCCAUCCAAGAGGACACGAUCUGUCAAUGAGCUCACUGACCAGAUCUUUGAGGGGGCACUGAAGGCUGAGCCCCUCAAAGAUGAGGCCUAUGUGCAGAUCCUGAAGCAGCUGACUGAUAAUCACAUCAGGUACAGCGAAGAGCGGGGCUGGGAACUGCUGUGGCUGUGCACAGGCCUCUUCCCGCCCAGCAACAUCCUCCUGCCCCACGUGCAGCGUUUCCUGCAGUCCCGCAAGCACUGUCCUCUGGCCAUCGACUGCCUGCAGCGGCUUCAGAAAGCCCUGAGAAAUGGGUCCCGGAAGUACCCUCCGCACCUGGUGGAGGUGGAGGCCAUCCAGCACAAAACCACCCAGAUUUUCCACAAGGUCUACUUCCCUGAUGACACUGAUGAGGCUUUUGAGGUGGAGUCCAGCACCAAGGCCAAGGACUUCUGUCAGAACAUCGCCAGCCGGCUGCUCCUCAAGUCUUCCGAGGGAUUCAGCCUUUUUGUCAAAAUCGCAGACAAGGUCAUCAGUGUCCCCGAGAACGACUUCUUCUUUGACUUUGUUCGACACCUGACAGACUGGAUAAAGAAAGCACGGCCCAUCAAGGAUGGAAUUGUGCCCUCGCUCACCUACCAGGUGUUUUUCAUGAAGAAGCUGUGGACCACCACGGUGCCGGGGAAGGACCCCAUGGCCGACUCCAUCUUCCACUAUUACCAGGAGUUGCCCAAGUAUCUCCGAGGCUACCACAAGUGCACGCGGGAGGAGGUGCUGCAGCUGGGUGCGCUCAUCUACAGGGUCAAGUUCGAGGAGGACAAGUCCUACUUCCCUAGCAUCCCCAAGCUGCUAAGGGAGCUGGUACCCCAGGACCUCAUCCGGCAGGUCUCACCUGAUGACUGGAAGCGGUCCAUCGUCGCCUACUUCAACAAGCAUGCAGGGAAGUCCAAGGAGGAGGCCAAGCUGGCCUUCCUUAAGCUUAUCUUCAAGUGGCCCACCUUUGGCUCGGCCUUCUUUGAGGUGAAGCAAACUACAGAACCAAACUUCCCUGAGAUUCUCUUAAUUGCCAUCAACAAGUAUGGGGUCAGCCUCAUUGAUCCCAGAACCAAGGACAUCCUGACAACUCACCCCUUCACCAAGAUCUCCAACUGGAGUAGCGGCAACACCUACUUCCACAUCACCAUCGGGAACCUGGUCCGUGGGAGCAAGCUGCUCUGUGAGACCUCACUGGGAUACAAAAUGGACGAUCUUCUGACUUCCUACAUCAGCCAGAUGCUCACAGCCAUGAGCAAACAGAGGAACUCCAGGAGUGGCAGGUGAACUGUAGAGGUGAUGCUAGCUCAGGCCCUGGCCAUCUAAGCAGGGAGGCUGGGCUGACCAUCUCUGCUGGGGCUCCGACCUCUCUGCCACGAGGUCAUGACUUUCCUGCACCCACCUACGGCAUCUGGGUUAGCUGUCACCCUGCUUCGUUUUGGCCUUUCUGUUGUAAGAGCCUGUAUUCCUUGGAUACCUCUCCUGAUUCAGACCAGCUCCAUCAAUCAACCUCUUUUGACUUUCUGUAUACUGACAGGACAGAGGACUCAAAGACAACUUAGCUCUCUCAGUACUCGGAACAACCAAACCAUAUGUGCAUUGAACUGGCGGAAGCCCAUGGGACUGGACUCUGGGUCCUCAGCACUGGCUCCUGCCAUAAGCACUACCGCUCUCUGGAUCCUCUUCAGUAUCUGAUACCCUCUGAUACUCUGUUUAGUAUCAUCUGCUUCAGGAAGGCCCCCUAGACAACCUCCUGAAUCUAGACAAAGCCUCCUGAUUCUCCCUGGGUCACUUCUGUAUGUGACAGUUCUGGGUCCCUGCUGGUCUCCCUGACCACACGAGGGCAUAAAUCAUGUGUCUCAUC